GGUUUCUGUAAUUUAAAAAUAUAAAAAUAUAAAAAAAAACCAACAGCUGUUUUAACGAGAGUGAGAAAGAUCUGAUUAGAAACGGCUGAUGAUGGGAUUUCAACGCCUCUUCGUGGGUCCCAUCUGCUCUUCUGUAAAAUGACAGGGCCCAUUUUGGAUUAGCUGGAAAGAGCUGUCUUCAGCUGCUGCUGAGAAGAUUCAACGGAUUAGAUUUGUUGUUGGCAUUGGGCUCGUGAUCUUCUACUCUGGACUGAAGACAGAGAGAGAGGGAGGAUUUGGGUUUCUAGAAUUGUAGGAGAUGAUGAGGAUGAGUUUGGUGAUUGCUGUUGUGUUCUUUGGUUUCAUUGUUCAUGGCUCUUCUGCUGCAUUCAAUCCUGUUGACAGUUUCCUAAUUGCCUGUGGCUCUUCACAAAAUGUCUCCUUUCAAGGCCAGGCUUUUGUUCCUGAUUCAUUCCAAUCUUCCUUCCUCUUAAAAAGUGAGGGAGAUACUGUUUUCUCUGCCACUGAUUUCAGUGCCCCAUCUCCUAUCUAUCGGUCACUGCGGAUUUUCACCGAACCGUCUUCUUAUGAAUUCGAUAUCCGGCAAAAGGGCCGGCAUUGGGUCCGCCUCUAUUUCCACCCUCUCCCCAAUUCCGGCCACGAUCUGAGGUCCGCUCCGCUCACGGUCGUCACGGAAAACUUCGUCCUAUUGAAUAACUUCACCUUCAAGAACCAGAAUCAGUCGUAUCUGUUCAAGGAAUAUAUUGUCAAUGUGACGUCUGAUUCGCUGUCCAUCAAUUUCGUGCCGUCGAAUAAUUCCAUAACAUUUGUGAAUGCAAUUGAAGUUGUUUCAGUCCCAGAUUAUUUGAUUCCUGAUCAGGCAUUGGAUUUGUCACCGGCCACUCCGUUCAGUGGCCUCUCUGAAGUCGCUCUCGAGACCAUCUAUCGGUUGAACAUGGGAGGGCCACUGCUUACACCUCAGAAUGAUACGCUUGGGAGAACUUGGGAAAAUGAUGUGAAGUACCUCCAUGUUAAUAGCUCUGCCGUGAAUGUGUCUGCAAGUCCAGGGACGAUAAAAUACCCUCCCGGAGUGACUGCCGAAACGGCACCGAAUUUGGUUUACGCGACUGCGGAGGCGAUGGGAAAUCCGAACGUUGCAAAUUUGAACUUCAAUGUCACAUGGGUCUUCUCCGUUGAUCCAUCCUUCGUUUACUUGGUCCGCCUACACUUCUGCGAUAUAGUCAGCAUGGCCAUGAAUGAUCUCGUUUUCAAUGUCUAUAUCAAUUCCGACAUUGCAAUCGCGAGCUUGGAUCUUUCUAGCAAGACCGGCGGCUUGGCGGUUCCAUAUUACAAGGAUUUCAUAUCCAAUUCCUCGACCAAUUCUAGCACAAUGUAUGUUAGUGUGGGCCCGGAUGUGAUGGCCAACACCGCGAAUGCAAUUUUGAAUGGAUUGGAGAUCAUGAAAAUCAGCAAUGGUGCGGGAAGCUUAGAUGGGCCAUCUCCUGUCGAUGGAUUUCUUCUUAAAUCACGCUCCAAGAAGAGCAAGACGGGAAUUGUAAUCGGGUCUGUCGUGGGAGCUGCAGUUGCUAUGGGAUUUAUGGCUCUGUGUUGGUGGUGUUUCAUGGCCCGGAAAUCAAAGACCAGUACUCACCCCAGCCAUCCAUGGCUGUCAUUGCCUCUAUAUGGAAAUUCCCAAACCAUGACCAAAGGUUCCACAAUCUCUCAGAAGAGUGGGACGGCAAGCUGCGUCUCCUUGGCCUCCACAAAUCUCGGCCGUCUCUUCACGUUUCAGGAAAUCAUGGACGCAACCAACAAGUUCGACGAGAGCCUGCUUCUUGGCGUCGGUGGGUUCGGUAAGGUUUACAAGGGGACACUCGACGACGGCAUAUAUGUGGCCAUCAAGAGAGGGAACCCCAGAUCGGAGCAAGGACUCGCCGAAUUCCAUACCGAGAUUGAGAUGCUAUCCAAGCUUCGCCAUCGCCAUUUGGUCUCUCUGAUCGGCUACUGCGACGAGCGGUCAGAGAUGGUUCUUGUUUACGAGUACAUGGCGAACGGGCCGCUGAGAAGCCAUCUCUACGGUACAGAACUUCCAUCACUCUCUUGGAAACAACGGCUCGAAAUUUGCAUCGGAGCUGCAAGGGGGCUGCAUUAUCUUCACACUGGGGCAGCCCAGAGCAUUAUCCACAGGGACGUGAAGACCACCAACAUUCUCUUGGAUGAGAACUUUGUAGCUAAGGUUGCAGACUUUGGCCUCUCAAAGACUGGCCCGUCAUUGGAUCAGACCCAUGUGAGCACGGCUGUCAAGGGUAGCUUCGGCUACCUAGAUCCCGAGUACUUCCGAAGGCAACAGCUGACAGAGAAAUCCGAUGUCUACUCUUUCGGGGUUGUUCUGAUGGAAGUCCUCUGCUCACGGCCUGCCCUCAAUCCCGUUCUCCCGCGGGAGCAGGUCAAUAUCGCAGAAUGGGCAAUGACCUGGCAGAAGAAGGGUAUGCUGGACCACAUCAUGGAUCCAGCUUUGGUGGGGAAGAUAAGUCCGGCAUCCCUUAGGAAGUUUGGUGAAACAGCUGAGAAAUGCCUGGCGGAGCAAGGCGUCGAUCGGCCGACUAUGGGAGAUGUUCUGUGGAAUCUCGAGUACGCUCUCCAGCUUGAGGAGACGUCCUCCGCACUCACUGACAUUGAUGAGAACAGCACAAAUCAUAUUGCUGAUAUUCCGCUUCAACCGUUCGAUAAUAGCAUAAACAUGAUCGAUGUAGCGCACUCAGGAACCGAUGAUGAUGCUGAAGACGUGACCACCAGCGCAGUCUUCUCGCAGCUGGUGAAUCCUCGAGGAAGGUGAAAAAGAACCUAGCAUUCUUCAUUCCGGACAUUGAUGUCCCGUUCCCACAUCUGACCAAGUCUCCUUUGAUUAAAUCAUGGGAGCGGAAGUUUGCGAUCUUUGCUCAAAUGGAAGGUAUUUUCAAUUUCUAUUUUGUCGGUUUGAAUCAUGAUUUUCCUCUGUCAUAUAAAUUUGGAUGAUUUGUUCUGGUUUGUAAUAUAAUUUCAUUGAUUGCGAUGGAAAGUCCAUAGAAUUUUGCGUUGAAGUCACGCUUGGAUGGAUUUAUCUGUUCUCUUAUCUUUGAAAUAACAUGAGUUCAAACUCCUUUAGGAGUCUUUGCAUUUACUAGAUAUGGGUUGUACUGGUUAUGAAAAUUUAUAUACUUCUCUAUUCAUAAGCUGAUUGAAGAAAAUAAAGAGCAGCUUAUCAUCUUUGUUUCUUUA